AUGAUAAAAUGUUUUUACCAAAUAAGGAGUAUUUGUAAUUUAAUCUCAGAAAAUCCUGCGCCUACACAAUCCAAACAACCCAACACUCCCAGACGCCGUAUCCAUCUCCGGCCACACCAGACGCCGACAUCUCCAUUAAGAUUAAAAAAUGGGAGAGAAGAAAAAAAGUGCUACGAUUUUUAUACGCCUAGUUUCUGCUGCAGGGACAGGUUUCUUCUAUGUUAAGAAGAAGAACCCAAGGAAGAUACAGACAAAACUUGAAUUCCGAAAGUAUGAUCCUCGUGUCAAUCGCCAUGUCCUCUUCACUGAAGCCAAGAUGAAGUAAUUAAAAGCUUUAAUAGAUGGUAACUUUCAGAAAACACCCUUCCCUUUUGAUAUCCCAUCUUACUGUUGGGACUUCUUUGCCAUUCCAUAACAACAAGUAUGCUUUGUAUGUGUCUUCUUUAUGUUUCCUGUAACACUCUUGAGUACUUUAAUCUGAUAG